AUGUGGGGUAGCUUGGAUGAGGACAGCCCUUGUCGUGCCAUUUUGGCUCAAGGCUGCCAACUUCUCCAAAUCGCACCACAGGGGGGGAUGUCUCAGGGAGUGGUGGUCUGGACGUGUGAGAAUACUGAGGAAGAGACCUCUCUUCUGACGGUGCUCGCCAUUGUCUGGGCCAUCACUUUCCUCGUGGGCUCUCUCUGUGGAGUGUGGUUUGAGAGGUCGCGGUCAAGUAAAACCCCGGCUCGGUCUGCCGCGUUUGCGUCCUGGGAACGGGUGACUGUGAGAGCCCUACGCUUUCUGGCCAAGCGCCGGAGGGUAAGUGUGGCCUUCUCCAACUACCGGAACCACAACCUACGGGGAGUGAACCCAGUGCCGGCCAGACAGCGGGCCAGGCGCAGGGUGGCCACACCGUCACGGAUCCUGCACGAGGGCUUCGCACUGCCGCACCAUGGACCCAACGGAAGCCGAGCUGCAGGCGAUAACAACGCUCCAGGAAGCCCGCCAAUGGGUGGGGCCUUGGGGGACCCACAAAGGGUGCGAGAGAUCGCGCUUAUCCCUAGACAGUUAUGGGAUACUACAAUGGCGGCACUGCAGGUGGAAGAGCCUGGCGCUGCAGAUGGUGAUCCUCCGGUGCACCGGGAUCUCUCUCCAGUCGAGGUGGCAAAGCUGGAGUCUUUGAGAAGGGUCUGCAACCUCCGAGUGGGACAACCUGCAGAUGACCGUGGGGCAGUGUUGCCUGUGGCUCCGGCAGCCCCGGGUCCCCUCCUACCACCCGCUGGUGGGGGGCCCGCUGGGCAAGCUGGGCCUCGGCGCAUUAAGUUGUCCGCGGUUUUAGACCCGACACUAGACGCGGACAUCGUGCCGCUCACAGAGGGUGAGGUCACCCGAAUGUAUGACGCUUACAGGUUCAAGUUCGGAGAUUUUCCGACGGACGACGCAAACGUCAGUCGUGAUCAAUUGGCAGCACAGACCUACCUGGCAUACCACUUGAAUCCGACCACGGGAGAUUGGAUCCGAAAGGAACAACCGGGACCGGAUUCAUUCCACUCCUGGUACAAAGCCUGGAAGUGCUAUCGCACCGCCCUGCUAUUAACAGAGGCGUGCGAGGCGGAACGCCUGGAUGCCUAUUCAGAAAUGAUCCGUAGCUUCGUCCAACAGUAUGGCGAAGAGAUGUGGAGCUUCGUCAGCCGAGCCGACUCCAGGAUGAGGUCCGAGCAGCUGGAUAGAAUCCGUCGGCGUCUACGUGCCGACCCGAUGUACGGCUACCAGGAGGGCACGCCUUGGUCAGCCUGCUUUGCUGCAGCGGUGCGCGAGUCCGAGUUUUGGCAGAGAGAGCUGGCGACCCCCCUCCUGAUGUUUGUGGCCCGCAACAAAAGGGAGCCGGCGUCUGAGAGCAAGCCGGACGAGCGCCCGACGAAUGAGGGUGUGCCGAAACGCCAGAAGGUAAGGGCAAAUCGCCGCUACACCGGUGAAGACCGCUCCAAGAAGAACCAGGAGGGGCUCUACAGUGUGAACAGGAAAGGCAUUGAGAUAUGCCACCUGUACAACCAAGGCAAGUGCGGCUCAGAGAAGGCACAGGGAAAAUGCCGCAACCAGAGAUCGCACCAGUGCAACAAGUGCCUCGGGCCCCAUCAGGGGCUCAAUUCGGCUGGUGGUCCGAGCUCCAAGAGGCCGCUGGAAAAGCCACCAAGAGGAGAAGCAGGUACAGAGUCAGCAGGAGCAGAGCCCGCGCCGGCCAAAAGGCCCAAGACCACGGCUUACCGGGAACCAUCGGUGCCAAAGGGGGGCUCAGAUGGGCCGACCGCUUCGUCGGCUUGGAAGCCACCUCGACCUAAGAACCAGGUUGAGGUCAAGAGCCACAUCACUGUGGAGUAUGGAUGCUGGUCCUGCAAAGGUGAGGACAUCAAUGUUGGGAAGCCGAUAGCCCUGAUCCUCUUCUCCGGAAGAUCCCGGCCGGGAGACUUACACAACCAGCUGGUGAACCUGGGCUGGAUGGUGUGCUCCGUAGACAUGGCAGCACCCAUCAAAACCAACCUCCUGGACGAUGGGAUCUGGGAAAAGAUACUGGCCGACAUCCGCUUGGGGAUGUAUGAGGCCGUCUGGGUGGCGACCCCUUGUGGCUCAUUCUCACCGCUGAGGGAGAAUCAGCCGGGCCCUCGGCCACUUCGCACAGUCGAGAAGAUACAGGGCAAGCCCAAAGAAGAGCUCACCCAAGGCGAGCAACGCCAGCUGCGGGAAGCCAACGUGCUGGUUAGCAGGUCCGCAACGGCGGGGAUCACGCAGGUGGAAGCCGAUCGCAUAUAUUCGGUUUGGAAAAUCCAGACCAUGGGCCAGACCGGCCGAAUGAAAUCGGUCCACUUCGACCAAUGCCGCACUGGCUUAGAAACAACUAAGCCAACGAAGAUCAUACUGCACAAGGCCGAGUUGGAACAGCUGGAUGGGCUAAGGUGCAAUCACCCGAAGAGGACCUUCGAAAAACCGGACGGCUCCAAAUACGAGGCCUCCCACCAGUCAGCAGUGCAGAGAUGGGUAGUUGGCCCCGACGGCAAGCGUGAGCGAGCCUCUCGUUCCCAGGGAGAAUACACCGCGGAACUUUCCGAGGCCAUUGCUAAGGCGUUCCAUCGCGCCUGGCAGGCCGGAGAGCUGAACGAGGAAGACCCCUUGGGUCCGGCGUUGAAGGAGGGCCCAAUCAAAGAGAGAGAAAUGGAAAACCUCCACGCACUGGGAGGCAUGCGGAACCCUCACCUGAGUGCCCAGCGGUGGCCACAGUCGGGGGCACCCGGUCAGAUGGUCCGGCUGCUGUUCAGGAAAGCCCAGGAGCUGUGGCCAAACCUCAGGGACACCGCAAGAGCCAUCCUGUCAGGAGAACGCCCCCCAGAACUGCCAGCGCAGAUAGUCAGCUUGGUGAGGAGCACAACCAUCACCUUGCUGGGCGGCGAUAAGGAGUCUUGUCGCAGACGCACCGCAAAAGCCACUACCCCUAUCAGCUCCGAAGUGAUGGCGGCCUGGGGAAAAGCAACGUCCGACCCCGACGCAGCGACCCUCGCGAGCUGGUUGGAUCACGGAGCCCCCUUGGGUUUCAAUUGCCCAAUUGAGACCAGGGGGGUCUUUCCGAAGGUCGGUCCCCCGGUCGACGCCCCUGACGAUUUGCAGGUUGAGACAGAGCUGAGGGAAUGGCAGAAUUAUAAGUCGGCGGAAGAGGAGCGAGAAGACCUCGACAAGCUCAUCUCCGAAUAUGUGGAGAAGGGUUGGUGCCGGCUCCUCCCUAGCAUAGAAGCGGCCGAAGUCGAGCUGGGCGAGAAGGUCACCCUGAACAAGCUCGGGGUUGUCGUGAAGUUCACGGAGUCAGGCACCAAGAAGUCCAGAGUUGUCUGGGACCUUCGAAGGAGCGGGGCGAACGCAAAGUGUCACCAAGCCGAACGGAUCGUACUGCCAAGGCUGACAGACCUAGCAGCCGCAGCCACAAGAGCAUACCGAUCAGGUAAGGAGCCAUGGCUGGUUGCUUUGGACGUCAGGGAUGCGUUCCUGAACAUCCCCGCGGGAAAGGACAAGGCGUUCACUGUGGCAGCCAAGCCGGGGGCGGACGGACUGAAUCAGGUCAUCGUCUGUGACACGCUGGUGUUCGGCGCAAAGUCGUCGCCAACGAUCUGGGGCCGCUUCGCGUCACUGUUGGGGCGCUCAUGGGCGUCGAUCGAGCCGGCUGUGCGGGCACAGAUCUACGUAGAUGACCCGGCAAUGGUGAUCGAAGGCUGCAAAGGAGAGGCCAUCUCUGCCCUUACGAACAUUCUGCUGUGGGCGGGUGUCCUGGGCUUCCCUCUCAAACUCAGCAAAGCCGAGGGUGGAAAGGCCAUCCGAUGGAUUGGGGCCAUCAUCAAACUGCACGACGACAGCAAGGAAGUGGAGGUAGCGAGCAAGCCCAUAGUGUCGAGAAAGGCAUUGGCUUCGCUGGCAGGAGGACUUUCUUUCGUCGCAGGUCUAGUGCCACAUCUGCGACCCUUCUUGGAUUCGUUUUGGGCUGCACUUUCGAGUCCGUCCAGGGGUGGCAUCACGAAUGACGGAGCCAGUGCGCAUUCCGGAAGGCUGAUCCACGUCCGGAGGAUCGAAAAGGCGCUCCAAUGGGUGGCGGCACUCCUAGGCGAAAGAGAGGUUCCGCUAGUGCGGAUUUUCAAAGUGGCCCACCCGGAGGUGACGGCCGAAAUCACCACGGACGCCUCUCCUUGGGGGCUAGGCGGAGUCCUGCGCCUUAACGGAAACAUAGCAGGAGCGUUCGCAGAGCAACUAUCUACCGAGGUCCUCAACAAGUUCAACGCAGUGAAAGGCGACCCGAAACACACAACGCUUUGGGAAGGCCUGGCGCUGCUGGUAGCUUUUAGGCUGUGGCUCCCUGGACUAGGCUUUGGUGCCGUGGUCCGGGUGAAGUCCGAUAGCCUGAGCUCCUUGUUGAUGCUUUCAAAAGGAAAGGCGAAAUCCUUAGAGCUGAACUGCAUAGCUCGGGAGAUCGCGUUGGACCAGGCACUCCAGUUGUACAGGCUGACCUUCCUGGUGCACAUCCCGGGAGUCACAAACCUGGAGGCAGAUUUUCUUUCUAGGAUGUUUUCUCCGAAACCUCCAGUUAAGCCGAGGCAACUCGAAAGAGUCAGCUUAACGCCAGUCACUAUUGGCAAGGGCUUCUGGAAGGUGAAGCGGUUGACACAACCAGCUCGGAAAAAUCUUGCGGCGGGAGCUGGUGGGAGAACAUACCGGCGGUUUCCCCUGGGUCAGGGUUGGUCCUCUCAGUCUGCCGCAGAUGGGGAGGUUCAAGCGUUCCUUACAGGGGGGAGGACCGUAUGUCCGGCCCACUCUCCCCCCGCGAAAAGGGCGGGUGUUUUGCACGAAGGGUUUGCCAUUGCACCCGCCUCGCAACACGCUCCUGGGGAGCCGCCCAUUCCUGCUCCGGCCCUCUCGGAGCCCGGGAGGGCAGGUGAACCAAGAGGAUACGGCCGAGGCUCAGCAGCCAUGGCGUUGGCGGCCAUCGGUGACCCAACCGCUUGCAUUGCACGGAUUUGGGACGACGCUAGUGCUAGUUCCUCUAGGGGCCCGUUCCAGUCCAGGAAACAACUCUGGGAGAGCCUGGCGCGAAAGGCAGGGACACAAGACCCCUUCUGCCUGACUCCGAAUAUCAUAUUCACGGUCAUGGGUGCAUUGAAAACCGCAGGGUACCGCAGUGCAGAUCAGUAUUAUAUUUAG